AUGUCAUCUAUGUCUCAUAACAACGAAAUAGCUGCGCUCCUCAUGGAAGAAGAAGCUGACGAGGAAUACGCAAUGUUCUUAGGAAUGACGGCGGUUGAAGAGGAGCGGGUGGCUAACGAGAGGAGUGCAUCACGUCGUCUUGGUUCUGUUCGAGGCCAUGCUGUCAUUCAAUGCGAUAGAGUUCAAGGUCAUAAUAGACUUUAUCGCGACUAUUUUGCUGAGGAGCCCGUUUUUGGUUCACAACUAUUUCGAAGGAGGUUUCAAAUGCAUCUUCCACUUUUUCUCCGAAUUGCAUCCGCGGUGGAAGAUUUUGAUCCUUACUUUGUCCAAAGAAGGAAUGUUGCAGAUUUUGUGGAUGAUUACGUACGGAUUGGUGAAAGCACGACUAUUGAAAGUGUUAAAAAGUUUGUUAAGGUCAUUGUUGUAAUUUUUACCGAUGAGUAUUUGAGAUCACCAAACAACGACGAUAUCAGAAGAUUGCUCGAGAUUGGUGAACUACGCGGAUUUCCUGGAAUGUUAGGGAACAUAGACUGUAUGCAUUGGAGAUGGAAGAAUUAUCCGGCUGCGUGGCAUGGGAUGUAUGAUGGUCACAUCCAUGAGCCAAUAAUUAUUUUGGAAGUCGUUGCCUCAUACGAUCUUUGGAUAUGGCAUGCAUUUUUUGAGUUACCGGGAUCUUAUAAUGAUAUUAACGUCUUGAAAAGGUCAAAUCUCUUUAUUAAACUUACUAAAGGUCGUGCUCCUCCAGUUAACUACUCUAUUAAUUCUCAUGAGUAUAUGAUGGGAUAUUACCUUGCUGAUGGUAUAUACCGACAAUGGUCAACAUUUGUAAAAAUAAUUUCAGUUUCACAAGUAAAUAAGAGGAAAAUUUUGCACAAGCUCAAGAAUCUGCAAGAAAUGAUGUAG